AGUGACCAGGUAGCUUCUUAGCAUGGAUACAUAUCUUGGCAUAGAGGUUGGGGCUGAAGUGGAACUCAAUGAUGGCACCUUAGCUGUAGAAGAUCUCACUCCAAUAAAGUUGGAGAAUAAACGGGACUUGCCUCUGUGGCAACACCUCCAUCACUUUGAUGACUCAAGCAGUGAUGAGAGCCUAGACCAAGAAUAUGUGAAUUUCACACCAUCAGAGGUCAAGACUCUGGAAAUGACUAGUCAUGUUACUAACCUCAAGAGCCAGGUUAUGGAAAAUGAUCAUAUGGAAAAGAGUAUAUAUGUAUUAUCCACAGCAGGAAAUGUACAACCAGGUCUCUUCUAUAUAAAUGGAGAGCAGAGAGAAGACAAUUCUCUUGUUUUGAACAACGCAAACAGCAAAGACCUUCAAGAACAGCCUUCCCAGCUAGCACCUUAUUUAGAAGAACCACUCUUCUCUUGCACUGAGGUCAUCUCAGACUUUGGUCAACUACAACCUUACGCCAAAGAUGUAUGCAUGGAAACCACUACUUUGUCCUAUGAAGAAGAGUCAAAGCUGAACUUGGGCAAGUUCAGUUAUUCGGAUGCCAGACCUCAGCGUAACAGGUCAUUCAAUCCCUUGGGGAGAAGCUACAAAUGCCAGCGGUGCGGGCGCCAGUUUGGGCGUUUGUACAAUCUGGAGCACCACAUUUGCAUUGAGAUGGCUGUUGGGUGCCCUCAGCAAAGUAGCAAUAACGUAGAGACGAUGAAUAGAUUAGAGAAGAUGUGUGCUGAAGCCCAGAAAGAGCUCCAGACCUUGCAAGGACAAUACAAGAAAGAGGUUGUGAGUACUCAGCCCAGUUUGUCAGAAAUUCAAACGGGGAUUCAGGAGCCACACUCAGGAUUAGGAAGAGUCAUUCCAGCAAGCAAAUGCACUGUUCCCUGUGACCAUAAUGAGUGUGAAUCAAGAAGCAUAUGCAGUCAAGAGUUUCAAAAUUCCUGCGUUGAUAACGCUAAGAGUUUUGCGCUACAAAACUUGAAUGUCCUUGGAAAUACCAUUGUUGUUGAUCUUUCCAAUUAUAGUCCAAUAUUCCUUGACGAAAACCAAGGAAAAGACUCUGCAAAUCAAAUGGAAAGCAUCAUUCAUCCCCAGUUAGAUCAAAUAAAUAGGGAAUGGGCUCAUUUAAAUCAACAUUUGUCUUUCCAGGCCAGUGAAGAGAACCCAGUUGACGCCACCAAUACCUCUCCCGAAGCUACAAAAAUUUACAAAUGUCAGGAUUGUGGUAAAGUUUACAAUACACGUUGUUCAAUUACCAACCACAUGCACUGGCAUAAGAAAAAAUUUAUGCCGUCCACGGUGAAUCCAUGUGUGGAGCCAUCACUAGAAGGCCAGGAGUCUCAUGGGACUGGCCACCAUGUUGGUACACCCACUAUAGGCCUUAAAAAAGUGAGCUGUGUCAAACCAACUCAAACGUUCAUCUGCGAGUAUUGUGGUAAAGUAUUUGAUAGGCGCUGUUCCUAUGCCACUCACAUCUACUGGCAUGUGAAAAAAAAAGAUCCUGUGACUGUAAUUCCAACUCAAGAGGCGAAACAAGAAACAGGACAGGUUUCAGUGUUGCCUAUCAAAAAACAAAAUGGUGACGGAGCAUGUACUAGUCCUGUGGAAACGUUUACUUGCCAGCGUUGUGGAAGAGUCUUCAACAGGCACUGUGCCUAUGUUAAUCAUAGUCGUUGGCAUUUGAAAGAACAGGAGCUCCUAAAGGGAGUUAAAGCUGGAGGCCAAACAGUCCUUGUGGAUGAAGAACACUCAGAUGUAGGUGACACCAAGGACACGUUGGAUCAUGACAACGUGAUUUUUGAUGCAGACCUCAACAAGGGAGUGUCUGAUACCUGUCUUGACGACGAUAAUGUUCAAGGUUACUGCAGGCUAGUUGGACAACUAAGCUUGGAUGAACAACACAACCUUUCUUCAUGUGAGCAAGGUGCCAAAAAGAUUGAUGGACCGAGUUUUUCUCUUCUACCUAUGCAGUUGGAAACUAACCAGCAACCAAUGCCGGAGGUUCUGGAAUCUGUUCUUGAGCUUGUAGUAGGGACAGAAGAGGUACAUGAGAUUCUGUUAAGCAAGGCGGGCCUUGUGUUUCGAAAAGCAGAGGAUUAUGGGAGCGAAGAAAAUGUAGUUAAGGAUGACGCUCAAGUCUCUGAAAUAAAAUUGGAACCAGAAGAGAAACAGGUCGCUGGAACGCAGUUGGAACCUGCAGAGGAACAGAUCGCUGGAACGCAGUUGGAACCUGCAGAGGAACAAGUCUCUGUAACGCAGUUGGAACCAGCAGAGAAACGGAUCCUUCUAAUGCAGUUGGAACCUGCAGAGGAACAGGUCUCUCUAAUGCAGUUGGAACCAGCAGAGAAAGAGGUCUCUCUAACUUGGCUAACACCUGCAGAGGAACACGUCUCUGUAACGCAGUUGGAACCAGCAGAGAAACGGAAUUCUGGAAUGCAGUUGGAACCAGCAGAGAAACGGAUUCCUGCAAUGCAAUUGGAACCAGCGGAGAAAUGGAUCCCUGGAAUGCAGUUGGAACCAGCAGAGAAACCGAUCCCUGCAAUGCAGUCAGAACCAGCAAGAAAAGCAUACUCUCUCCAAAUCUUGCCAUCCAAGUUAGCAGCAAAGUGUUUAAGCAGGCCUAAACCUCCCCACAGAUGUCGCGAUUGCGGCGUCCGCUUCUAUCAGUUCUGGCGACUGAAGCAGCAUCGACUUAAAGGCUUUGGCAAGACAUGCACUUUAAAGAAGCACCAGUGUGAUUGCAGCCGAACACCAAUUGGUUCACUACACUUCCUGCUUCACCAGCUGCAACAUCUGAGUGACACUGCCUUCAUCUGUGAAGUGUGCAGCAAGUCGCUGCGCGGUUAUCGCCAGCUCCAAGCCCAUAGCUGGGUUCAUCCAUUGGUAUCGCAGUUCCUAUGCAAAUGCGGGACCCGGUUCACAAAGUUGCCUAGAUAUCUCUGGCAUUCCCUAAAGAACAAGGCAAAGCCCAAAGCAAAAUUGCACUUGAGAGGUUGUACUAGAGCACCGUUGUGUUAAC